CUUAAUUUUCUGUUUCCCGCUAAACCACCUCCUCAGUACCCUAGGACAGAGCUCGAGGCUGGUCGGGGCUAGUCGAGCUGGAAUACUGGGGCUGCAGGCCUUUCGAGGAAACACCUGCGGAGCGCGCCGCCAGAGCCUGAGAGAACUGGGUUCCCAGGUACACAGAAUUGGGACUGUUGGUUUGUCCCACUCUCUCCCGCGCGGGGCCCCUCCCCGUGAGGUAUCGCCUAGUUCCCCUGGUGUAAAGCGGGCGCCUUGCAGUCAAAAUCCUGGUUGCGGACUUGGGAGGUUCCGUCGCAUUCUGCCGGAGGGAGGCGCUCUGCAGAGGAGAAACCUUGGCGGGACGCAGAAGGGACUCCUUGCAGUGGAGUGCCUAAGAGAGGGGGAUGCCUAACGGUGCCCCCCCGCCCACUGAUGGCAGAUCUCAGAGCGAAGCCUCUACAAGGAGAUGGCGGUUCUGGCUAAUGUUGGCGAGGCUAUGGCUGCCUUGAAAAGAGAAACUGGUUCCUCUUCAGCCUGCAGGGGGCAGAGGACUUUCAUCCAUUUUUAAUUUAUUUUUGUUUAUGGUGUAAGAAGUUUCAUUCUGCUGCAUGCUGCCAUCCAAUUUUCCCAGCACCAUUUGUUGAAGAGAUUGUCUUUUUUUUCCAUUGGAUAUUCUUUCCUGCUUUCUCGAAGGGUAGGAAAAGGACCUGUGCUGAGAAGAUGAGUCUCAAGGUUGAUUUGGAAACAAACUUUGCCGAAUGUGUCUUAAAUGCAGGAAAGAUCAUCCUUGGGGAUACACAAAGGAAAGAAAUGAAUCCUGAAUUGCGGAAAAAACAGAGGGAAAACAUCUUGAAAGCAAUAUGUGCUCUGCUGAAUUCUGGUGGCGGAGUGGUCAAAGCUGAGAUUGAGAACAAAGACUACAAUUAUGAAAUCCAUGGAGUAGGCCUGACGAUGCCUUCAAUUUUUAAAGACUAUUUAGAUGAGAUGCAGCAGGGAGAACUCUUUUUGAUUUUUGUGAGAUCCUGGAACGCAGAUGCCUCUGGUGUACGAAUCGCUACCUUGUGCUCCAAUUUGUACUAUAGAUACAGAACAUCUACUGAUGUCAUGGAUUCUAAGGAAGCAUUGGCAUUCCUCAAAGGGAAAACUCAGACUCUUAGGAAUACUGAUUCCAGUUCAUUAAGUCCACACAAAGUUCAGGUUGGUGUGCGAAACGAGUAUAACAUAAGGGCCUCAGCUGCUGCUGUAUUCGCUAGAACUCAGCUUCAGUACCUAGAAAAGCUCAACUUUACUAAUUCCCUCCACGUUGAAUUUAAAAUGUUCUCAACAGAGGAGUCACAGUGCUUUCACGAGAGUCUCCCCAGUUGUGUUUCUGCAUUUGCAAACACUGAAGGAGGGUAUAUAUUUUUUGGUGUGCAUGAUGAGACCCGUGAAGUCAUUGGAUGUGAAAAGGAGAAAAUAGAUUUUGACAUGUUGAAGGCUUGUAUUGAUUCCUGUAUUAGGAAUCUCCCUGUCCAUCAUUUCUGUACACAGAAGCAUGAGAUAAAAUAUGCUGUCAAAUUCCUUGAAGUACACAAUCAGGGGACCCUCCAUGGAUAUGUCUGUGCAGUCAAGGUGGAACAAUUUUGCUGUGCAGUGUUUUCCAAGAUGCCCAGUUCCUGGCAGGUGCAGGACAAUUGUGUGAAACAGCUGGACACGAAGCAAUGGAUAGCUUGGAUGAUGGAAGCCGACCCAGAUCUUUCCAGAUUUUCUGAGAUGGUCCUUGCAUUGAGUUUGUCAUCCACUACACCCCGCAGCAGGACUGUGUGCACCCAUAAGAAUUUUGAAUGUCUGGAAGCACAGCAAAAACGUUACUUUCCAGUAUUACCAGACAGAAUGGUGUAUACACCAGAAAGCGUCUACAAGGAGCUGUUCUCAACACAUAAAGGACUCAAAAACUUAAUAAAUAAGGAAAUGCGCUCUUUCUCUCAAGGAAUAUUGAUAUUCUCUCGAAGCUGGGCUGUGGACGUGGGUCUGCAAGAGAAGCAGGGAGUCAUCUGCGAUGCUCUUCUGCUUUCCCAGAACAACACCCCACGCCUCUACACUAUCCUCAGCGAGUGGGACCCAAGCUGGAAGGGCUACUCUAGGAAAGUCGCCCGCGUCUUAAAACAGACGCUGGUGAACACAGGUGGCUACACUGGGAAAUUGUGUGUCACUCCCUUGAUCUUCCUACUGAAUCCUGAUAAUACAGCAAAGACUCUUCAUGAUUUGGAUUUGCAAAUUUACCCCAACUCCUAUAACCUUAGGACCACCCAGCACAUGGAAGCUCUGUUACGGUCCCUUGUGAUAGUCUUGCUCGGAUUCCGAUCUUUCUUAAGUGAAGAGCUGGGCUCUGAGGUUUUCAGCCUCCUCACAGAUAAACAGUAUGAGUUGCUUUCAAAGAACAUUCGCAUGACUAGAGAACUGUUUGUUCAUGGCUUACCUGGAUCAGGGAAGACCAUCCUGGCUCUUAGGAUAAUGGAGAAGAUCAGGAAUGUGUUUCACUGUCAACCAGAUGAUAUUCUUUACAUCUGUGAAAAUCAGCCUCUGAAGAAUUUUGUGAGCCAGAGACAUGUCUGCCAGGCAGUGACCCGGAAAACCUUCAUGAAAAAUGACUUCCAAAAGAUUAAGCACAUCAUCAUUGAUGAAGCUCAGAAUUUUCGCACUGAGGAUGGAGACUGGUAUGAGAAGGCAAAAGCCAUCACUCAGAGAAAAAAGGAUUGCCCAGGAAUUCUCUGGAUCUUUCUAGACUACUUUCAGACUACCCACUUGAGCUGCAGUGGCCUCCCUGCUCUCACAGCCCAGUAUCCAAGAGAAGAGCUCACCAGAGUGAUCCGUAAUGCAGAUCCAAUAGCCAAAUACCUACAAGAAGUAAUGCAGGAGGUCAGAGAAAAUCCUCCAUGUAACAUCCCGCCUGCGUCCCUGGAGAUGGUUCAUAAAGCUGAAUGGGCUCAGGGUAUUCCGGGCUACGUGGAGAUUAUGGAGUACUUGGACAUGGAAGAUAUGGUGGUCCAAGUAGCAAAGAAAUGCCACUUUCUCUUUAGGAAUGGUUAUUCUCCCAAGGACAUUGCUGUGCUUUUCAGCAAAGCAAGUGAAGUGGAAAUAUAUAAAGAUAAGCUUCUAAGAGCAAUGAGGAAAAGAAAUACAUCUCAGCUCGAUGGGGAAUCUGAUCUUUUAGUACAGAUCCAAGAUGCAUCGGAUAUCAUGGCCAAUCACAUCGUGUUGGACAGUGUCCGUCGAUUUUCAGGCCUGGAAAGAAACAUCGUGUUUGGGUUCAACCUAACAGCUGAGCCAGAUAUUUUCCAUAAUCUUCUGCUCUGUCUGGCUUCCAGGGCAAAGAAACAUCUCUAUAUUCUGAAGGUUCCUAUUUGACAGGAAGAUCCCAGGCUAAGAAACAAUUAGGUAGCUCUCAUCUCUAGUUAACCAUGAAACUAUUUGAUCUAAACAUUGAAUUAUCGAGUAUUUUAUGAGCACUCACUCUGAGCCAUGUACUCUCCUAGGUGCUGGGGAUCAGGGGUAGGGUAUCAAACUAGGCAGACAAGAUUUCUUCUUUAGGGCAGAGGUAAAUCACAGACAAGUAAACAAAUACAAGUACAAGACAUUUCAGAUAGGGGCACCUGGUUGGCUCAGUCAGUUAAGUCUCCAACUGUUGAUUUUGGCUCAGGUCAUGUUGUCAUGGUUUGUGAGAUGGAGC